GUAUUUGAUCAGUUUCUUUGAUGAUCGGCGAAUUGUGUUCGUAGAUGUCACAGUGACAUUGUUAAAAUGAGUUGUUAAUUGAGAGAUAAAAACAAUGACGUUCUCUGAUACAGUGAAUUACGUGUUCUUCACCAAUCCAGUCGUGAAAACAACAACGGAAUAUGUGAAAUAUUUUUCGUCCGCAACGAUUUCAUCACUUUCUGGUAGCCCAAAACCGCCACCUGUUCCUAAACCAACUAUGUGCGACCUACCUAUUUGGAAACAUACCUAUGGUGGUAGUUCUUUCGUGAGGAUCGCAGGCUUGUGCGGUGCUGCAGCAGUUGCACUUGGUGCAUACGGCGCUCAUACUAUUUAUCCCAAGGAACAUAAUGAGGAUCUGAAGAGGAUUUUUGAAACGGCAAAUCGGUAUCAUUUUCUGCACACGCUUGCGUUAUUCGGUGUACCCCUUAGCCGGUGGCCGAAGACUAGUGGCAGUUUGCUCUUAACCGGCAUGCUGUUGUUCUGUGGAACAUGCUACUACCAUGCGUUAACUGGUAAAGAUGAAUUGCGAAGACUUACACCCAUUGGAGGAUCGCUCCUUAUUGCUGGUUGGCUUGCCAUGGUGUUAUAGGCAAAGGACAUGGAGAAAAAGGACAAACAAUGUGAAUGGUUUACAGCCAACAUUUUAAUGUUUUCAGAAUCUUUUGUUUUGUUACUCUUCAGUACAACAAUUCUCACUACAGGAGUGUAAUCUGUUUAGUUACUGACUAUUGUUAAUGAAGUUAUUGUUUUGAUAUUUUAUAAUUGUUAACAUAUUUAUCUUCUCCCAGCUGUAUUCAGUAAUUGAAAUAGAUAUUUUCAUGUUAAUAGUGAAUGUCGAAAUUUCCUGACUCAUUGGCAUAUGGCUGUAGCUCUUAAAUAUGACAGUAGGCAGUGAGGAUCAUUGAUACCAUAUACCAGGCUAAAGACUUGGUACUCCAGUGUUUUACUUGUGUUUAUUGAGCAUUUCCUACUCCACCACAGUAUACAGAGAUUCCACUUACAAUGCUAUGAAAAUAUUUUUUAUGUUUCCUUCCUAUAUGAUUAAAUAUUUUAACAAUAAAAUGAAAAGACCGUAA